AAAGGGGAUGUGGGAUCGCACAUGGGAAGCAGCUCUCUUCCUGCUGCCUAUCUCUGCUCUGCCCAGUCCUGGAUCCUCUAUGCCCCAUUUCCUCAUCUGUAAAAUGGGAAGAACACUAUACAUCUCAGCCUAUUGCGGUUUAUGUAUCCCGACUUCUGCCAAUCAUUCUCUGCCACCCAUCCCUUCGGUGAUCCCAACACUGAUCUGGAAAAGCUCACAUUCUCCUACAGAAUAGUUGUGUCUUUCCUUGGCCUGCCAUUUAUGGACCUUUCUGAUUUAAUUUCAACUUUCCAAUCUUUCAAGGAAACCGAGGCAGCACCAGUGGGCAGACAGCAAAGGGCAGGCCGUCUGUGUGGGAACACAUUGGAUUCAGACAACGGCAUCUAAGCAUCCUCUUGCUUCAGUCUUGGAUGCCGCACCGAAUCAGUCAUCUUCACGAGUGGAGACCACAAACUGAGGAUAUCUUGCCAAGUCAGGGAGGGAUUGUCUGUUAAGUUCAAAAGUAGAGAAAUCUACAUGUCUGUUAAGCCAAGGGCAGAAGGGUCACAUAGACAGAUUUUUACCUUCAGAUGUGGAUGGGGUUCUUGACAGAAUGUGCUCUUGGAAGAUGGUGAAUUUCAGGCUUGGGAGUGUUCACCAGAGGCCAGAAUGGCUCAUCAGUGAGGCUGGGCAAUCAGCAAGAGUUGUGGAAAGUCCAGGAGAUGGUAUGUUUGUGGGAUGGGUUUCCUGCCUCAACUUCCUGACUGAACAGAGGGCAGCUGGAAGCAAUGAUCAUCUUACAACUGAAGCAUGCCACUGCAAGAGUUUCAAGCUCAUGGGACAGUUUCUGCAGGGAAAGCGACACAAUGCAUUGCUACCUUCCCUGGAGGUAUGGGGUGGAGGUGGGAAGUUCUGGGCUCAGGCUUCCCCUGUUAUGCAGCUUGUUGGGAAAAGGAAAGAGACUCGCUGAACACACGAGAAAGCAGUGAGAGCCGGGAGGUCAUGGACUUCACAGAUGAACCCAUGAGGCUUUGCUCUCGCUAUCCAGGCGCACCGUGUCCUUGGCUGCACUCAGUCCUCAUACUCCCUCCCCGGGAUUUACUAAUGAUGGUUGAAGAUGAAUUAAGGCCCAGGAACGGAAGGAAAAUCUCUGCAUGGGAAAGGUGUGGCGGAUCCAAGGGGUUUUUAGGAAUGGGCUUUCUGGAAUGCUGUAGGUGCUCCACAUAACUCUGAUGAAUUCGUGGACAAAGUAGAGACCUGGAAGCAAGAUGGAACAAACAGACAGGUGUGAAUUAGGCCUAGCACCCCACGACACAUCUGAGACUUGUGCACAAGUCACUGUCAGCUGCGGGGCCUCAAAGCCUCUGCCUGCGCAAUCAUGGGCUUGGGCUAUGCCAGCCGUGUUCAUUCCAGGCUGCAUUUAUCAAUCAUCUAGGACGUUUGAAAGAACUGAAAACUGGAUCCUAACUCAAGGGAUGCUGUCUCAACAUGUCUGAAAUGGGGCCUGUACCAGCCGCCUUCAAAAAUCCUGCAGUACCAGUUUGACCUCCAGAGGGCACUCAGACACCUCUAUAUCCUGCAGCUGCCUUUCAAAGGAACACAGCAAGUAGUUCUAUUGAGCUCUGUCCAGAACCACACUAUGCGUUUCUAAGUCGGGGUAUCCACUUAUGAUUACAAGAAAUGGCAGAGGACAAACACCCUUUCUAUUUUAUCAUUCAUUCCUUCAUUUGUCCAUCCAUACAUCCACCCAUCCAUCCAAACCUCUCAUUUAUACCUUUUCUCAGCCCAAACAGCCUUUGAACAUACCCUACUCUAAAUUAAAGACAUUUGGAAUAGGCAGCACAGUUGCCCUUGAGACUCUCAUUCGAAGUUCAAAUAGUUAUCCUCCUCUUUGAAUUCUUGCGCAGAGGGUUGGACUGUGGACUAGAUGCUUGGCACAGUACUGCUUGGGUAAAGCACCAGUUUGGUCUUCUAUGACAUGUAGAGAAAAUUAGUUUUUUCUUCAGUUACAUAUUUAUUACUCUCCAUUUCUUAUUCUAGUCUUCUGAAACCCAGAACACAAGCAGGCAUGAUUUUUUUUUUUUAAAAAAAAAGGUAGUGUGAAGAUCACAUCAUAAUUACAGUGUGUGGAUGUCAUGGCAAACAGGAAGUCCAAAAUGUGCCCUAGAGAUGUGACAACUAAAAAACUAGGGACAUAGGAACUUGAGACGGAAAAAGGCAGGCCAGAGGAGGAGCAAUCACACCAUUCUGAGUUUCCAGCCUCGGGGAAGGAUGAAUGGAUCUGAGGUGAACUAGGACGAUCUCUGAGGAUGGUGCCGAGUCUUGGAGAGCCGUGUUUUGAGCAGGAUCAGAAGCAUCUCUCCCCUCCCUAUCUUAUGAAUCUGAGCACAUUGGAGCAGCUCUCUCUCUCUCUCUCUCUCUCUCUCUCUCUCUCUCUCUCUCUCUCUCUCUCUCUUUGUGUGUAUGUGUGCAUGCUCGUCAGAAGGUGUCCUUUCCUGGACCUACUCCGUUAAACACCAUGGUUAAAACCAUUAACCAGCAUGAGUUUUCCUUCACCCCUCUCUUCUUUAAGGCUCUAUCAUGCUGCCUCUGGUAUGGUCCACCCCUUUCCUAAUUGUUCUCCCACUUCAAGGCCCAACCAUGACCCUGUGUUUGAUUGAAGUAGUCAGAAAUCAGUAGAAGGUUUUUAAACACCAUUGAUCUUACUGACAUUUAUAGAAUAACUUGCUUGAUGACAGCAGUCCUAUGGAAAACCCCCAUUUUAAAAAACAUUGUUUUUUGGCAACCACUUCUGAGAAAUGUCACCUUUCCACUUCUCUGGAAAUGGAAGACCAUUCUGAUGGAUAAGUGUGGUCUAAUUCCAUCCUGCUUCCAUUCUGGAAAACCUCUGAAGAACGUCUUCAGCAUUCCUGUGUCCUUAAUGGUAUGGGGCUGCUUUUACAGAUCAACGUUGGUCAAUUUUCUUCAUCUGGCAGAGUGUUCUAGCCAUAUUAUCUUCAAGGAGGUUUAAAUCUCAGGCUCCGUGCAUGGCACCUUCGCCCCUCAGAUUCUUUGGUUUGCCAUUAUUUGUUAACUCAGAGAUAACAGCUUCUAUUUCUCACCGCAUGGAAUUAAUGGCUAAUAAACCACCUUCUAUAACUUCAGCUUGAGAAUGUUUUUAUGUGAAAAUUUCCCUUUGUGGACAACCCAAGUGAUUUCUGUCUCUGAAGCUGGCCUUGGUUGAGCUGUCAUGGCAUGUCAGGGUGACACACAAGAUCCUGCUUAGCUUGCUGGAAGCUUUUCAAAAGAGGCCUGACUUGAAUCAAAUGCCAUUUGAAAUUUCUUCCACUCUUCCUCAGUCUUUGGGUCUGAAAGAAGUGUAGCUUGACUUCUAGAAUCAAUUUACACAACAAUAAAAAAAUCACAUGACCUUGAGGAAGAAAGGCAAAUGCUUCCAGGUUAGCAAAGCAGGGUGAAAAGGUAUCUAUCUAUCUAUCUAUCUAUCUAUCUAUCUAUCUAUCUAUCUAUCUAUCUAUCUAUCUAUCUGUAGUUCACUCUGUUGAUUCAGUGGAGUCUUCAUUCUAUACCUGCAUUGUCUGCCUCUCAAUUAGAGGGGUAAAUAUCACUGUGUCCACCUAAAACCUAGGCAUUGUUUCUCAGUCAGGAAGCUGUACUGUAAAGACUAUUACUUCAUGCAUUGAACCACUCACAAAGAGAUGUCUAUGCUAUUGUUGCCCAUUGAGAAAGGGUGCUUCUCUGAUAAUAAACCUGACACAAAAUUCUAUUCUGAGCCAUUGUAUUAUAAUUUUAUUGAGUUUCCUGCUUUCACAAAGAUUAAAGCAGUAUUUUUAAAUUUAAUAUAAAGUAAUUUUAAUCUCUUUUGGAUCCCGAGGAGCUCAUGAGCAUCAAGCAAGGUGAAGACUCAGAUAAGCCAGCUAUUCGGUAUCAACCUAUGCAAGGUGCCAAAAAGGAAAAUACUAGAAUAAAUUCAAAACUUUGUACCAUUUGAUGAAUAAUUGCUUCAUUUAAUACCCGGUGGACUGAGAAUUCCUGUUGCUCCAUUUAAAACUGUCAGUGUAUCACACACAGGAGGCAGCAUUAAAUGGACUCUGUAUUUUUAAAGAAUCACACAUGAAGUUUGAAAGAAAGCGUGGUUGUGGGGGGAUUGAGCUGGAGUUGGAAGACAGAGAAUGCUGUUGAUUUGAUCUAAGUAUACUAUAUGAAAUUCUCAAACAAAAGUUGUACCAUUUUGUAUUUUAGAGACACAUGACUUCUUUACUGACAGCCUUCUCCAGUAGCCCUGCAGGCUCCCCUGAGUGCUGUAAUUACCGGCAUGUGCUGUCAUGCUUGGAUGACAGGACUUUUUGUAUGCACCUCAAGUCAUUAGCAGAGUACACAGAGUACUUAAUAUACUUGAUUUCUUACGGAAAUUAUUAAUAUCCCUGUGGUAUGCUUUUGAGUUGAUGUGGAAACUAAUCAGAGCUGGAAUGCCCGUAUAUAGAGGUAAAGACAGGAGUCACCUGGGUAAAUUUUUAAAUUGAAAAAGAUUCUUUCAUACAAUACAUUUCAACCACAGUUUGUCCUCCCUCUCCUACUCCCAGUUCCAAUCAUCCCCCCUCUUCUCCAGACCCACACUUCCUUGGUUUCCCUUCAGAAGAGCAGGCCUCCAAAAGACAACAACCAAACAAGACAAACAAGAUACAAUAAAACAAGGCAAAAGCCCUCCCAGACAGGGCAACACAAUAAGAGGUGAAGACUCUCAAAAGCAGGCAAAAAAGUCAGAGAUGCACCUGCUCCCACUGAUACGAGUUUCUUAAAAACACAAAGCUAACAGCCAUAAUAUCUAUGCAGAGGACCUGGUGCAGACCCUUGCAGGCCUGACACGUGCUGCUCUAGUCUCUGUGAGCCCAUGUGAGUUCUACUUAGUUGAUUGUGUGGGCCAUGUUUUCCUGGUGUCCUCCAACCCCGUUGAGUCCUACAACCUUUCUUCCGUUUCUUCCACAGGGUACCCCAUGCUCCAAGAGGAGGACCCAAUGGAGAUCCUCCAAUUUAGACCAUUUUUCUCCUUAAUAGUCUGAUUGUGGGUCUCUGUAUUUGUCCCCAUCUGCUGCUGGAGGAAACCUCUCUGAGGACAACUGGGUGUGAUGGAGCCUGCAGCUUCCUGUUUAUUGGGAUUCCUUGUGGCCUUUCUUCUCUUACAGUUCACAAUACCCACCCAAGCAAUGAGUUCCGAUAUACAAAUUAGCAUUCAAGUUCCAGAUGCAGAAAGUGUACUGGUGGAGUGUACUUCAGGAAAUUUGAUUCCACCUGCUGAGAUUAUCUGGAGAGACAGCAAGGGGAACGUAAUUCCACCCUCGUCAAAAUUUGAUUCUCAGAAUAGAGCUGGAUUAUGGCACUUGAAGAGCAAUAUUCUUCUAAAAAACAGAACACAAGGUCCUAUUACUUGUUCUGUUUACAAUGUAACUACUAAUCAGGAGAAAAAGAGAAGUAUUUUCCUCCCAGAUGUCCUGUUCAAACCAGCAUAUAUGUCAUUGAUGUCAAAAAGACCUCCACGCCCUGUAAUAUAUUUGAUCAUUAUAUUUAUUCUUCAUUGUCUCAGAUGUUUUUGUUGUCUCAUAUGGAAAAAAUAUAAAUGUAUAAAAGAUUCGAAGGGAUUGAGACUUGUCUACCAGCUUGUCUGUGAAGGUCUACCGUUAGCUUUGUAUAUUGGCUUUCUUCCUCUCUACUUGACGUUCAGGAGCCAAGCUUCUAUUUUGGACGAUGCAUACCCAUUGUAUAGUAACUGGCUGUGGGAUGUAUGCAUAAUCUUAGUUGUGAUGAUGAUAUUUUUCACUGUACUCAUUUUGCUUCUACUUUGUACCCUAAAGACCAAAGAACAGAACAAUCAAGAUCGUUUAAGCCAAACUUCAGAUGAAGCUGUUCAAGAAAUGGCAUCAUUUUUGUCCCUACGAAGUUUCAGAGAGGAAAUCAUCCUACACCAAGGAAGUUGCAGUGAGGAAAGCAUCCCUCACCAAGGAAGUUGCAGUGAGGAAAACAUCCAAGAACAAGGAAGUUGUAUUGGGAAAAUCAUCCUGCACCAAGGAAGUUGCAGUGAGGAAAGCAUCCUGCACCAAGGAAGUUGCAGUGAGGAAAGCAUCCAAGAACAAGGAAGUUGCAUUGAGGAAAGCAUCCUGCACCAAGGAAGUUGCAGUGAGGAAAGCAUCGUGCACCAAGGAAGUUGCAGUGAAGAAAGAAUCCUGGACUAAGGAAGUUGCAGGGAGGAAAGCAACCUAGACUAAGGAAGUUGCAGAGAAGAAGGCAUCAUGGACUAAGGAAGUUGCCGUGAGAAAUCAUCCUGGACCAAAAAAGUUGCAGAAAUGAAAUCAUGCUGUUCCAAUGAACUUGUGGCAAUGAGAUCUUAAAUCUUCUUCAGCCCUUAAGAUCAGAUUGCAGUCUCAGCUGGGGAACUUGAGGAAGUAAGAAAAACAGAGAAAGAUACAGAUUUGAACUAAAAAAUUAUAUAUAUGUAUGUAUAUAUAUAUAUAUAUAUAUAUAUAUAUAUAUAUAUAUAUAAAUGAAACACACAAUUGAGGGAUUCUUCUGAUCAAAUUUUGUUCUGUCUAAAAAGUGUAGAUUUUUUAAAAUACAUUUUUAAAUCAACAUAGAAUUACAUUGCUUCCCUACUUCUUUUUCUUCCCGAGCUCCUUUCAUGUACCCUCCUUCCAACCCAUCCCAUGCCACCCCCUGAUGGACUCUUUUUCUUUUUUAUUAUUGUUAAACACUCACAGAUAUGUAUAUGUAUGCACAAAUAUAUAAGCACAACAUGCUGAGACUGUUUUUGUUUUGUGUGUGUGUGUGUAUAUAUAUAUAUAUGUAUAUAUGUAUAUAUAUAUAGUUUCAGAGCAAAAAUAGCGAUUUUGAUUUUGAUCUUUGUCAAAAUAUAGGUAACAAUCAGUGUCCAUUUGGUCUGUGAUCCAUAUGCUCCUCCACAUCUUAAACUCAGUAAGGAUUGAAUCAACAUGAAUUUCUUAAAAAUAAUUUUUUUGACAAAUUUUCUUCAAAUGUGAACAUAGGAUUUUGUUUUUGAAGAAAGGAUGAUUGAAGGCAAUAAAAGCAAUGAUGCAAACUUUAGGGAAAAGUAUUUUAGAACAAAAUAAUGUACUUUUGUGUAUAGUCAAUGUUUAUCAGCAAAAUAAAAUAUUUUCUUAAUUAUUAAAAAUUCUAAAAUUAUAUUACCUAUAUAUUAUUUUUGCAAUUUUCAUAAAAUAGUAUUAAAGUAAAUAUAAUAGCAUCAUAAAUAAAAACUACCAGAUUUAUAGAAAGGCAGCUAAUAAACAUAAAAUGAAUCACUAA